AUGGAUUUGGCCGGGAUCAGCGACGAGCUGGCCAACAUCGAGGGGCUGAUCAACGACUUAUUCCGGGCAUUGUCGUAAGGACCUCGAUCAGAGUCUUCCUCCUUUUUCUUUUAUCAAGAUGGUUUCUUUUUUUUCGUAACCUCCGAUUCGAUUCACAUUAUAUAGGCCAUGCGUUAUGAAAUUUAGAAUGUGGUUGCCAUCACGAGUAGAGUUUUCUGAUUCUUGUGCUUGCUCUGGAAUUUCUGGGAGCUUCUCUGAGUCAGUGGCAACAUGUUCCAGGGCCUCUUCUGGGAUCCUAUUGACUCCCUUUUUCCCGCAUUUGCAUCGAUUUCCCUGUUCGAGUCCGCUGUCAUGUGACUGUUUUGCGAUUGCUUAUGUCACAUUAUUUGCAGAGAUGGGUUUCACAAAUUGGAGAAGAUUAAAGACCCAAACAGGAGGAGCAGGCAUCUGGAGGAGCUUACAGAAAAGAUGCGGGAAUGUAAAAGGCUUAUCAAAGAAUUUGAUAGGGAGGUGAAGGAUAACGAGACUAAGAACACUACAGACAUCUCAAAGAUUCUCAGUGAGAAGAAACAGUGGAUGGUCCUGCACUUGGCACUUGAAAUGACUCUAUAAGUUGCCCAUAUAUGUAUCAUGUAUACAUUUAUUUUUUCUGAUUACUUGUUGGAUGCCCCUAAAGGUAUAUUCUUUCUCUUUUGCAGAUUAAAGAGCUGAAUUCUUAUGUCGCCCUUAAAAAGCAGUAAGUUUGAUAAUUUGUGCCAGCUAAUUAUUAAUUUCUGGAACAUGUCUAAUGGGGAUUAAUUAUUAUUUUCUUUACCCAGAGGUAACAUGUCUGCCUGAUGUUUGAUUGCUUCUAACUAGUCAGCUAAAGUCAUUUGCGUGUUUAUCUGUGUUUGAACGCAUAUAAACACAUAUGCACCCCUCAAUUUCAGUUGGAUGCGUAUGCUUUUCUUUGUUUGUGCACGUGUAAACACCUCUCUCUCUCUCAUUCUCUGAAGAACCUUAUAUGUAACAGAAAUUAUCUCAAUCCUACUGAUCCAUGAAGCCGUCUGUUUGGAAAAGAAAGGCUUCUUAAGAUAGAUCUGGAUUUUAGGAGAUGUCUUUUAUUUGGUGGAACUAGAUAUUUUAUCAGUAAAUGAAAAAAAAUCGGACUAGAAAUCUGAGUGAUUUGGUUUUUCAUUUUUUUGGUGGUAAUGCAUUAUUUUACGGGUGAAGAUACGGUUCAAUUUUUUUCUGAUAGUGAGUCCUUUAAUUGAUUAUGAUGCUACACAAAGGGAUCCGAUAUUUUCCUUCUUUUUUCGCUUAAUCUUUUGUUUUUACUAGAAUGUUAGGGAUGGAUUAUAAUGGGUUUUUGACGAUAGGUUCCUUGAAUUAAUUGAUGUUUUCCCUUUUUUUGUACCUGCCCAUAACCAUUGCCUCUCUAAGGCUCCAAAAUUGAACUAGGACGCUCUCAUGAUGUCGUAGUUACCAUGCUAUCCUUUCUUCAUUCACAAUACUCAGUAUUUGAGAUGAUGCCCAAUAUUUAUGGGGAUGCUUUAGUCAUAUUACUAUGAAGUCGAACAAAGUGUGGUUGGGGGACAUUAUUACAGUGGGAACAUACAUACAAAGAAGAAAAAACAUGUUUUUGCUGUUUGACCAAGAGCUGGAUGACGUUGCCCUUGUUGAGCUAACGGUUAGUAUUUGAUUGAAGGGGGAGAGGUGGACCCAUGAAUAAUUUCUUCAUGCUGUAUUUUUUUAUUUUUUUUUCUUGGAGGAAGAAACCGCAUUAUUGUUUAUUACAAACAUUUGUGCAUUGAUCGAGGAAUACUGAGAUACCAUGUGAUAGAGGAAUAUGAUCGCUGAGAAGACAAUAAUUGCCAUUUCAACAAUUCGUUUUACUGUAUUGGCAGCCUGGGAUAUGCAGUGGAAAGCGUCUUGUAGUUGGCAGGUUUAAUCUGGGCUUAAAGAUUGCUUGAGCUUGAGAGUCUUUUGGUAAAUUUGGGCCAACAUUUUCUCUAGUCAUUAGACGUGUUCCUUCAAGAGCUUCAUCCAUGAGUUGUGGAACAAACUUCUUAUUUUUAAGCUGCCUUUUCUGUCUACUUAUGUUAUUCACUAGUUCAUCCGAUCACACUUUUCCUAUUUUUGACGGUUUAAGGCCUGUUAAAUCAUUACAUAUGGGUUUUGGUUGAUAUUUUUGGAUUCUUCUGAAAACCAGAGGGGGAGAGAGAUCCGUUUACAUAAAGCCUUCCCUUUUUGUUAAUACUUGUUGGGUAUAUGUCUCGCACAUUAACUCACUAUGUACUAUUCAGACAUGCAAGUGCUCUUGAAACGAAGCGAAUUGAUCUGUUUGAUGCGCCUGGUGGUGGAGAUGGUUAUGGUGAAGAGAAUGUCUUACUAGCUUCUUGUAAGAUUCUCAUAUGCUCUAUCACCCAUUUGAUCAUUUCUUUUAUUUUCAUCUCCCAAGACCUAACUUUCAGCCAAUUAUCAGUUGUUUCUUUCAAAUGAUACUUGGAUGAUGCUGCAUGCAUUCCGAAAAUGAGUGAACCUAAUCCUGUCAUUGAAAUUUCUUGCUUCUCUGAUGAACAAUAGUCCUUUUGCUCUGCUCUUGUUGCCCAUGAUCCCAAAUCGAAGUCAGCUGUAGAAAACAUAUGCUAUGCUGUCUUCAAAAGUACAGAUCAGACACUAUUUAUGUCGCUAAUCAAACAGUAGAAUUGUUCUGUUAUCCUAUAUUCCCAUCUCUACUUAUAUUUAAUCGUGUGUUAGCAUCUACGUUGAAAAAUAUCAUUCCUAACCGAAGGAUCCUCUCUGAUGUAAAUAUACCAUCACCUUAAGGUACAUGUGAUAGGUUUCAAUAUCAGAUUAUUACGACACUAUCCUCUUGAUCACGUGCUUUAAUAAAUGGGGGGAGACAGACUUUUGAUUAUGUAAUAAUUUUUAAUGUAAUUUCUAAUAACAUCCUUAAAAAUGUAGAUAAAUAUAAAUUACAACCUCUUUCUCGUUUUGUUUUUUUUCCCUCAGACUUGUUGCAUAACAAACAUCCUCACACGAGCUAUCAAAAUUAGGUUUACAUUUCCUGAAUCCAUGUGGUUGAUCAGAGAAGUGAUGCCAAUGUUUCAACUCCAAUAGCUUUCGAACUUUGAACAAUGUUUGAUUUAUUUCUGUAUGGUUUGUGUAACUAGACUGGUUAUAUUGUAGUGCUUUAUCACUGAUGCAUGGUUCUAUGUGCUGGGCAGCCAUGACCAAUCAACAGUUGAUGGAGAAUGGAAACAGAAUGAUGGAUCAGACUGAUCAAGCCAUCGAGCGAUCAAAACAGGUUCAGUUGUUCCCCAUCGACUACUAUAGAUAUCAAGGAUAGGGCAGUUAACAUGCUUCAGAUACGCUAUAAUUAUGUGGCAGAAAUGGCUCAUGAUAGUGAAACAUGACAAAGUCACAAUCCUUUUUUCUCCUUUAAUCAAUAUCUAUAUAUAUAUAUAUAUAUAUAUAUAUAUAUAUAUAUGACUCUGCGGUGCGAUCACCUUAAAAAAAACCAUUAAAAUGAGAAGAAAAUUGAGGUCUUUAAUAUCUAAAUUGUCAGUGAGAGGUUACUCUUAUUGCUAAUUUUUUUUUAUCAUGCCAAGUCCCAGGAUGAUAUGCUGAACUAGAUUAAGAAAAUGCUGUGCCUAUUGCCUCUCAUAACUGCUGGUUUUCUUUUGCUACCUUGUGGCAUAGGUUGUCUCGGACACCAUCAAUGUCGGUGCUGACACUGCAGCUGCUCUCAAGGCCCAGGUUGAUUAGUUUCUGAUACCAGUUUGAUUGGGUUUUUAGCAAGAAUGACAUGUGGGGGUUCUACUCAUAUCUCAAUCUCUGCAGACCGAGCAAAUGAGUAGAAUUGUCAAUGAGCUGGAUUCAAUACAGUUUUCAAUCAAGAAAGCUUCAAAGUUGGUGAAGGAAAUCGGAAGACAGGUCGGUUCCUGUAACUAUAAGUUGAAUUUUCCUUGUUUAUAAAUAUUUUCAUCCUGUCUUCGUGCUUUUUUUUUUCGUCUGGUUCUCUCUUUCUCUCUCAUCAUUUCAUUUUUCUACUCUUAUGAACGAAUUUAGGUGGCGACUGAUCGCUGCAUCAUGGCCUUGCUCGUCAUCAUCGUCCUCGGAGUGAUAGCCAUAAUCGCUGUUAAGGUUUGAUGACUACCCACAUCUGUUCUCAAAUGUUUCCAUCGAAUUUUUUUUUUUUAUAUAUAUAUAUAUAUAUAAUUGCUUGAAAUCUACAUGCUUAUCAUGCUGAGGACUGUUUCAUGGUUAAAGUACCUGGGAAAUCAAUGUUGGUCCAGGUUCUUCAUGGAAGGAUAUAGACAUCAUUAUUCAUCAUAUUCCUCAAAUCAUAUGCCACAAUCUGACGAAUCAUUUCCUAGUAAUCUUAGUUCUUCUUAGGCCAUGCUACUUUUGACUGAAUUUCUCAGAUUGCUGACCCAAAGAACAAGGAUAUAGGGGACAUUCCGGGGCUUGCGCCGCCAGCAAACAGACGACUUCUCUGGGUGCAAAACCAGAGCUGA